AUGCCAUAUCCUGAGGGUGCAAAUCCUGCAUGGUGUCUAGAGAAUAGCUUGAUAUUAUCAGAACUCAAUUACAACAAUGAUGAGGCUAGAUUAGAAUUCGAAAAUCUUUUUUCAUCUAUGACAGAUGAACAAAAGCAAAUUUAUCAAAAAAUUAUGCAAGCUGUCAACAACAAUGAAGGUGACAUGUUUUUCCUAUAUGGAUACGGAGGUACAGGAAAAACAUACAUAUGGAGAACAUUAGCAAGUUCACUGAGGGCAAAAAAUCAAAUUGUGAUUAUGGUUGCUUCUAGCGGCAUAGCUUCUGUGUUGUUGCCAGGAGGCAAGACUGCCCAUUCCAAAUUUAAGAUACCUGGGCCAAUUUUCGAAGACUCAACAAGCAACAUACUUCAAGGAAGAACUGCUAAAUUUGCAAAGUGGAUUCUAGAUAUUGGAGAUGGAGUUAUUGGGAAUCAAAAUGAUGGAUAUGCUACAGUUGAAAUUCCUGAGUACCUACUGAUUACUGAAUAUAAUGACCCCAUUGAUGCUAUAGUCAGAUCAACAUUCCCAGAUUUAUAUCAACACCACAGUAAUCCUGAAUUCUUCAAAUGUAGAGCAAUAUUAGCUUCCACCAAUGAAACAGUUGAAGAGGUUAAUGGUUAUAUACUUUCUUUGAUUCCAGGUGAACACAUGGAAUACUUAAGCUCUGAUUGUAUAGAGAAAUCAGAAAGCAUUGACAGUUGGAAUUUCCAAUCAAUUACCACUGAAUUUCUCAAUUCACUAAACACAUCUGGUAUGCAAAAUCAUUGUAUCAAGCUAAAAAUCGGUAGUCCUAUAAUGUUGCUAAGAAACUUAGACCAAACGCAAGGCUUGUGUAAUGGUACUAGAUUAAUAGUUACAAGACUAGUCAAACAUGUAAUUGCAGCUGAAAUUAUUUCUGGCAAAAAUCUUGGCCAUAAUGUUUACAUCCCAAGAAUGUCAAUGUUGCCUUCACAAUCACCAUGGCCUUUUAAACUUUUGAGAAGACAAUUUCCAAUCAUGCUAUCUCAUGCAAUGACAAUUAACAAGUCUCAAGGCCAAUCACUUUCUAUGGUUGGACUUUAUUUGCCAAAACCCGUCUUUAGCCAUGGACAAUUAUGCAUUGCAUUAUCAAGGGUCAAUUCAAGGAAAGGAUUAAAAGUUCUUAUUGUUGAUAAAGACCAAAAAAAUAUGACUUCUACUACCAAUGUAGUUUUUAAAGAGGUUUUCAAAAAUUUUACAAGCGUAUUUGACAUACAUUUCAUACCACCACUGGAGCGACAAACUUGUGGUAGGCAGAGGCAUUCAUCCAGAAAGCAUAUCUGGACUGUUCGGUUUACUCAGGAAAUGCUGGAUGCUCCUGAACCCCUGAAACUCCCGCGUUGUACAGAAGUUCCUCUUAAAGCUUGUGGUCACCACAUGACAGUCUUAAGGCGAUUUAGUCCUCCAUUGCAAUGGAAAGUUGAAACCCUGAAUCCUACUAUUGGUGGAAAAGGCGUUGUUCAACCAUGGUAUGAUUUUCUUAAAGAAAUGGACUUUGAUGAUGGAGAUGAAAUCUCUAUUUACUAUAGAUAUUAUGAAAAAAAUUGGGAUAUUGUAAUUAGAAGGCAGGAUGAUUGGGACGAUAGCGACACCGAUUAA